AUGGAGCCGGUCAAGUCAUCCAUUGAGGCAAAAGAGCCAGUCGUGUCGGCCCCUUCCCAGGAACAGCACGCCGAUACUGCUGCUGAUGGCAAACGCCCACCUCCAUUACUCGCCAAAAUCUUUGCGGUGUUUCUCAUCUCAUGUAUUAGUUUUGGCUCUCAUUGGAGCUCUGGGGUAACAGGAGCCAUGAAGAGCACUAUCAAAAAGCAAAUGCAUGUCUCUAACACCCAAUUUUCUCUCCUGGAGGCGAGUGAGGAUUUCAUGGCGACCGUGCUCUUGCUGAUUAGUGGAGUCAUCACGGAUCGAGUUGGAGGUGCAGAGAUGAUCAUCUAUGGCAAUAUCAUUUAUACAUUAGGGUCGAUCCUCGUUGCUGCGGCUACUACUGUGCGCUCCUUCAACUUCAUGAUUGGGGGUCGAGUCAUCCUGGCCCUUGGAGAUAUUGCAACCCAGAUCGCUCAGUACAAGAUGUUCUCUUCAUGGUUUCCCCCAAGCAAUGGAUUUGCAUCUACUCUUGGGUUUGAGUUAGCGAUUGGAAAGAUUGGCGGAUUCGUUGGCAAAUCCACUGCCAACGUCAUUGCCAAGAAAACUGGAAACUUUGCUUGGGUCUUUUGGACCUCGGUCUUCAUGAACCUUUUUACCAAUGCAGCAACAGUCAUAUUCUGGUUCUUCAACCGCUACUGCAAUAAGCAUUACAGAGGAAGGCAGGAUACGGCUACAAAGGAGAUUCUAACAGAGAAGAACAAGAAAUUCGAACUUCGGAAAAUAUUCCGGCUCCCUUGGAUGUUCUGGGCUGUCAUGGCAUUCUCAUUGUUCCAGACAAGCACCGCCUUAGUCUUUAGCCAGAAUGCAACUGAGCUGGCGGAGAAGCGCUUUAAUGUUGACUCGAUCACAGCAGGGUGGUACAGCUCUCUGUCACAAUAUGCGGGUUUCUUUUUGGUCCCGUGCUUGGGCGUCUUUAUCGAUGUCCUAGGAAAUCGCGCCAGUGUUUUAUGCAUCUGUGGAAUCGGAAUGUUCCUCAGUAUGGUUCUGGUCAAUUUCGCUGCGACCAAGGCUGGAACGGCCGCUUCUUUUGGAAUAUAUGCCAUUGCCGUGUCUUUCGGCCCAACUUCCAUCAUUGACAGCAUUCGCACCGCUCUAUGGCAUCAAUCGGUCUUUGGUUCUGCUUAUGCCCUCAAAGUUACCAUGAACAAUGCGAUGAACAUCAUCAUCCGAAUCAUUACCGGCGCACUGCAAGACGCCGACGACGAUUCAUAUCGACGAGUAGUCCGAGUCUACCUUUUCCUCGCUGCAGCUUCGGUUGUUGUCGGCUUGUCGAUCUUGGUCGGGACUCUGAUAUCUGACAGCCUGGCUCCGCUCCAAUGGACUAGGAAACAACGGCUGACGUUAGGCCCAGAGCACAUUAGCAUGAUUCGUGAGCGGCACACAGUGACUUGCUAUGGCCGCAACAAAUUAAUCUCCAUCUGCUGCUUCACUGCGCUCCUGUUACUGACAGUGGGUGGCUGGGUGGCCUACAUCUGGGGAGCAGUGACGGGUAACAACUCAUAG